AAUGUGCAUAUCACGCUGCUCAUGUGGCUUGCUCGUCGAACGUACAGACCAGCAGACAAAUUUAAGUUGUGGUCAACAAAGUCGCGGAACUCUAAUGAGCUGUCGCUACAACCACCAUGCAGCCCCCAAGCCCAACCGUUGAGAUCGCCGAGGAUGUCGACGGCGGCACUACCCAACGACGCGUGUCGAGUCAUGACCCAGAAAAGAUCCAGUCGAGCGCCGGCACAACCCACAAGUUCAGCGAACAGAUCCCACAUGAGAUGCUCGAAGAACUGGCUCCCAACGGGGAGAGCGACUACAUCUGCGAAAAGGUCGACAACAUGAGCGAGGAUGAGGCCAUCGCCAUCGUUCAGGAAUCCGUGAGGUUCCAUGCCGACGACUGGAACUUCCCCUCGGAAAUGCGAGAGCGUAUGAAGCGCCUGCUCGAAGGCCCCAAAGCGUAUGGGGAGUUUUACGACCGGGACCUGCGAAUCGAUGCCACUCUGAUGCGCUACUCGUCUCCUUAUCCCGGGGUUUGCGCGGUCCAAGAGUUGAAAGAUGACCCGACUGUGCCGAUUGAGACUAUCAGGGCAUACUUCCUAGGCGUGGCGUGGGCGGUCAUUGGAACCUUCAUGUCGACCUUUUUUAACAGCAGAUUUCCGUCUAUAGGUCUUAGUGGGUCGGUCAUCCAGAUCUUGUUAUUUCCAUGUGCCAAGUUCCUGGAAUGGGUGCUCCCCGAUUGGGGCAUAACGGUCUGGGGUGUUCGUCACUCGCUCAACCCGGGACCGUGGACGUUCAAGGAGCAGAUGUUUUCCACGAUUUGCUACAAUAUUGCCAUCUACACCACCAACUCAUAUGGAAUGAUUUUGGUGCAAAGGCUGGACGGCUACUACGGGCUGAAAUUUGUCAACUUUGGAUACCAACUGAUGUUAACGCUUUUUGUCCAACUCAUGGGCAUGGGAUUUGCCGGAUAUCUACGGAGGUUCAGUGUUUACCCGGUCAAGGCGCUAUGGCCGACAAUCCUUCCCACAAUCGCCAUGAACCGAGCUCUGACAAGACCCGAACCGAAAGAAAACAUUUACGGAUGGACCAUUUCCCGUUACCGCUUCUUUUAUAUAUGUACCCUGACUAUGGCUAUAUACUACUGGUUUCCAGGCUAUCUGUUCACUGCGCUUUCAACGUUCAACUGGAUGACAUGGAUAGCCCCAGAUUCCGUUGUCCUCUCCCUUUUGACCGGCUCAAUCACAGGUUUGGGAUUGUUCAACCCCAUCACUACGUUUGACUGGAACGUUGCCACGAGCUCGUAUGCCGCACUAUCCCAGCCUUUCUUCGCCACUUGCACCAUGUACUUUGGUGGUAUUCUCGGCGGUCUCAUCAUUCUGGGCAUAUACUACAAGAACAUGAACUAUACAGCUUUUCUGCCCAUCAACUCCAGCUCAGCCUUUGCCAACGAUGGGACGCCGUAUCAGGUCCAGAAGGUGGUGGUCAACAACCAACUGGACCAAACCAAGUACCAGAACUAUUCACCACCAUUUUACUCGGCUGGAUAUAUCCUGACUGUUGGGGCGAACUUUUGCUUCUAUCCAGUCUACUUUUUCUACAUCAUGGUCAACCAAUGGAAGACUAUUGGCCAAGCCUAUGUUGAUUUCUACCAUGGGUUGCGUUACGGAAAGGGCAACUAUGAGAACGCAAUGGAUAUCCACAGCAGACUUAUGGCUCAGUACCCCGAGGUUCCGGAUUGGUGGUUCCUCAUCAUCCUGGUGGGCGCCAUUGUCGUAUCCGUCCUCUUUCUCAAGAUUUAUCCGCUCGAUACCCCGAUCUGGCUCGUGUUUCUCGUGAUUGGGAUCAACCUAGUGUUUGCCGUGCCGUUAUCGUUCCUCUCGGCAACGACUGGCACGAACCUCGGUCUGGGUGCAUUGAUCCAGGUGAUUACCGGAUUCUUGCUACCUGGCAAUACCAACGCCUUUCUGUUUGCGCAGACACUAGGGUCCUGGGCUCUCGCGGGGUAUGGUGACAACAUGGUCCAAGACCUGAAGAUGGGACACUAUGUGCGAAUUCCGCCUAGAGCCGUGUUUCGAAGUCAAAUCGGGACCAUCAUCAUUACCGUCUUUGUCGCAGUCGGGACCCAAGACUUUAUCAUGACCAACGUCAAGGGGCUUUGCACCCCCAACCAGCCUUCCCGCUUUACCUGCGCCAACGACGGGAACCCCCUCUACGCCAGCUCUCUCAUGUGGGGCCUUCUCGGGUCGGACCGCAUGUUCAACUCCCUUUACCCGCUGUUCAAGUGGUGCUUCCUCAUCGGAACUUGCAUCGCCCUGGUCUUCCUCUUUGGACAGACCUACGGCCCCCGCUACCUCCCCGGCGUCAAAGACCAGCUCCGCCAGCGUCUCUCUCGCCGGAUGUUCUCCCUGCUGGACCGCACAUUGUUCCCUUUUGUGGCGUCCCUCCUCUGGCUGAACCCUAUCCUCGUCAUCCAGGGCGUGCAGCACUGGGCGCCGAGUAACAUGAGUUACAAGACGCCCGGGUUCAUUUUGUCGUACGUGUUUAUGUACUGGAUGCCGAAGCACCGGUUGGCGUGGUGGGAAAAGUACAAUUACGUCUUGUCGGCGGCCUUGACGGCUGGGGUGGCGGUCAGCGGGCUGAUUAUCUUUUUUGCGGUCGGGUAUAAUCCGAAGAAGCUGGAGUGGUGGGGGAACACGGUGAGUGGGGCGGGGGUGGACGGGAGAGGGACGGGCGUCUUGGAGAUUCCGAAGGAUAGAGGGUAUUUUGGGCCGGAGAAGGGGACGUUUCCUUAG